AUGACGCUAGAAGGUUCUCGAUCGUGGCCAUUUCAACUUGAUGAGGUCGAUCGCCAGAUUGCACUGAUAGAUGAUUACCAUGCUAUCAAUAUUGAAGGACAAUCAUGCUCAACAGGCCCCUUCUCGGUCUUUCGCGGACACGCGCACGAUCCAUAUGGCUCACACAGUCCAACGACAAGUGCUAGUACGACGUCGAUAUCUAAUGAGGACACUGCUGAACAUAUCCAUCAAUGUUCCGAAAGUGACAGUGCCACCAUCUAUGAUUAUAUCGAUAUUGGACGUCGAGGAUCACUCUCAUCACCCUCGAAUUCGUGGCAAAAUGAAGACUCACUCGUCACAUAUGGCUCCCCCAUGUCAACGAUAUCAUCUUCCUCGAUCUUCGAGGACCCUAUUGUCGAUCGACUAAUGAAAAACUACGUAAUCAAUGUGGCAAAUGUGUUACCUCCACUUCCACACCCUGAGAGCCCAUACGCAUCAGUAUAUGUACCGAACGCCAUGAUUGGUGCAGCAAGUCUCAUCCUUGGUGUCGGGGACAUAGGCACCAAUCUCCCCUCGAGCAAUGUCGCGGUUUUCUACGCACUGUUGGCGACUUCCGCCUUCCAACUGCGAGGCUCCGGAGUACGCAGUGACUCGGGAUUCGACCUUAUAGGUAGAAGUUUUCGUGCCAAAGCAUUUGCAUCCUUACAGAAGGCUCUUGGGGAACUCCCUGUGCAGAAUGGGAAUUAUCCUUCGACCGAAUUUCACCAAUCCUCAGUACCGCACUUUGAGACACUGCUUUCCGCGAUGCUGGCAUUCUCGUCUAUGGAUAUCAUGGAAGGCUCUAUGAGUGAGUACUGGAUUCAUCUUGAUGGUCUUGAACUCCUCGCUCGGCAACUUCGAAAUGAUGGCAAAACAUCAACUAUCACUGAUCGCCUGAUCGCCAAUUCAUCCUUUCUCUCGACAGUUGCCAGUACCACUUCGAUAGACUUGCCUUCAAUCCCAUGGCAAUAUGACACCAGUGACUCGAGCGACGUGGAAGAGGAGCGCUUCAACGUCCACCAUGGAUUGGAAGUCACCUAUGGGAUUACAUAUUCUCUAGCUCGCCUCAUGCGGCGAAUAGUCGCUCGAUCUCAAAACAUCUCCUUCUACGUCUCUAAAGACAUGCCACUGCCCACAUCGCUCAUUGCCGCCUGCACGAAGUUGUCUGACGAUAUCUCAGACUGGUCUAUCGACUCGGAGCCAUUGUCAGAGCUCUUUGUGUUGGACUCAGAGCGAGACUGUCAUAUUAGUCUUCAGCUGGCCCGAUCUCACCUCCUUGCAUUUGCUAAUUGUCUGCGGGUAUACUACCACACGCGGAUAUUACCUUGUAGCUCCUCAGAAAUGUCCCAUUAUGUUGAACUGGUCGCCCAUCAUCUCAUGACCAUUGAGAGCAUCAAGUCGGAGGCGAAUUACGACUCCAACGUUGCAGCCACAAUUACUUGGCCAGGCUUUAUUGCUUCUUGCGAAGCCAAACAAGGCUCAGAACGAGAUGUCUGGCGUCGAUGGUGGAAUGGGAUGCUGCGACACCGGAUAGGCAACAUUCCACAUCUUUGGAAUAUCGUUCAAAAAGCCUGGUCACUUCGGGACGAUGAAGGGUCGACGGAAGUUCCAGGCUGGGUUCCAGCCUUGAGAGCAACAGGAAAGCGAGUCCUGGCGAUCUAA